UCAAUAAGUGCCUAGCAAGGGCUCAGCUUACUCAGCUGGUAAAUUAUAGAACAAAGCUCCUACUCACAUUGGAGACGGUUGCAUCGGGGUUGGUUCUUGCCCUCCCAGUUAUGUUUUGAGAUGAUUUAAAGACUUGUGGAUUACCUAGGUUCUUCAAAAUUCAUCUUGCUGCUUGGAUAGCUCCCCAAGGAGAAGGGGAAGGCAAAUAAAGAUGUCUGAGCAUAGCAAAAAUUCUGAUCAAGAUGAACCUCUCGGGGAGGAUAUUGAUGAAGAUGAAAUCCUGGCCAACUUGUCCCCCGAGGAACUCAGAGAACUGCAGUCUGAGAUGGAAGUUAUGGCUCCGGACCCCCGACUCCCUGUGGGAAUGAUUCAGAAAGAUCAAACAGAAAAGCCCCCCACUGGCAACUUUGAUCAUCGCUCUCUUGUUGAUUAUAUGUACUGGCAGAAGGCAUCCAGGCGCAUGCUGGAGGAGGAGAGAUCCCCCGUCACCUUUGCGCCAUCCCAGGAAAACAUCGAAGAAACAGAAAAGGAUGAUACAAAUGUGUCGGGAGCUUUAAUGACAAAACUCAAUAAAGAAAACGAAAAGAAUGAAACCAAGUCAAACAGCACGGAAAGAAUUCAAGAAACAAAAGACGAUGAUGAAGAGGAAGAGGAUGAUGAAGGUGAGGAAGAUGAAGAAGAUGGUGGAGAAGACGGUGACAGUAGCACCAAAGAGGAUGAGGAAAAGAAAGCCAGGGAAAAACAGAGAGAGGAAAAUAAAAACAGCUUAAAGUUGCUGACAAAGCUCUUUGCAGAGGCAAGAGAGAGCCCUAUUUCCCUAGAAAAAAAUGAAAACAAAAUCUCAAAACUGGAUCCCAAGAAACUGGCCCUGGAUACCAGUUUUAUGAAAGUGAGCGCCAGACCUUCAGGAAACCAGACAAAUCUUGAUGAAAGCUUGAGGCGAGUGCGGAAAAAUGAUCCAGAAAUGAAAGAACUCAACUUGAAUAACAUUGAAAACAUACCCAAAGAAAUGCUCUUGGACUUUGUUAAUGCCAUGAAGAAAAACAAACACAUCAAGACAUUUAGCUUAGCCAACGUGGGUGCGGACGAAAGCGUGGCGUUCGCCUUGGCCAACAUGCUACGUGAAAAUCGAAGCAUCACUACCCUCAACAUCGAGUCCAAUUUCAUCACUGGGAAAGGCAUUGUUGCUAUCAUGAGGUGUCUCCAAUUCAAUGAAACAUUAACAGAGUUCCGUUUUCACAACCAAAGACACAUGCUGGGCCACCACGCAGAAAUGGAAAUAUCAAGGCUCCUGAAAGCCAACAACACACUCCUUAAGAUGGGCUACCAUUUUGAGCUUCCCGGUCCUAGGAUGGUGGUCACCAAUUUGCUUACCAGAAAUCUGGAUAGACAGAGGCAGAAAAGACAAGAGGAACAAAAGCAGCAGCAAAUUCGAGAGCAGAAGAAGUUAAUAGCCAUGUUAGAGAACGGGCUAGGGUUGCCUCCUGGGAUGUGGGAGAUGCUAGGAGGUCCAAUGCCAGAUCCAAGGAUGCAUGAAUUAUUGCAGGCUCCUCAGACGUCUGUCUCCCAAAUGCCUCCCUUUGGCCUCAAUCGGAGAAAUGAAAUCAGCAAGAAGCCUAGCCAGCCUGAGAAAUAUAGAACCGACCCGGACUCAUUUAAAGUGGUAAAACUGAAGAGAAUCCAACGCAAAUCUCGAAUGCCUCCGGAAGCCCAAGAGCCGGCUGAGAAAACCAACCUCAAAGAUGUCAUCAAAACCCUCAAGCCUGUGCCUAGAAUUAGGCCUCCACCUCUAGUGGAAAUCACACCCCGAGACCAGCUACUGAACGACAUCCGGCACAGUAAUGUCGCCUAUCUCAAACCCGUGCAACUGCCCAAAGAACUGGCGUAAGGGACACAGAGUCAUCUGGAAGAACAAGAAAGAAGAUCUAGGUUGUGCAACCACUGCUGGAAAGCAUUUCGAAGGCUCUUCAGAAUCUUGGUGUCGGACAUGGGAACAAAGUGCACGACAACCGGUGGCAUUUGUUAAAAUAAGUGUGUUUGAACAAUGACAAAAAGAGUGUAUGCUUUGGGAGGUGGAGAAGAAAUAAUCCUAAAGGCUGAAUCUCUUGGGGGUAUGAUUGUCUUAUUUCACAGGUAUUUUGUCGAACUAGUUGAACAUAGAGUAACAUUUCCAGAAGAGAAAAUAAGUGGAAAUUGUAUGAAUCUCUUCAUUGAAUUGUGUUGUCUUGGACACUGCUUUCUACCAAUAAAUACAUGAGAAACAUUAAUUAUGA